AUGAGCAAAAAGAUCCUGCACGUGCGCGUCUUCGAACAAAAAGAGCUCACCGCUCUCAAAGAUGCGAUUCACAAGAAGCUCCAAGUCGCGAAAAACGUGCGCCAAAACACCUGCAUCUGCUGCAAUCGCUGCGAGGCAGAAGGCACGCACUACUCUCCCGAAGGUUUGACAGAAUACAACCGCACCGGCAUCUGUGAACACUGCUGGGACGUGCUCGUCGACGAAAGCAAAACCGAAGACAACCCACGCUUCGAAAAACUCACACCAAGUGGAGUGGCCGUCGAAGAAAGCGCCUCAACCACGUCCGGCACCUUCUCCAGCCAGCAGUUGAGCAGAAAGGAAAAAUCCGAAGAAGGAGACGAAGCCGACGCCCGCAGCUUGACCACUUCCAACCACGACGCGCAACCGCACGGACCUGUGCCAGACAACAAAGACCACCCAGACAUCGGCGACAGCAUCCUUACUUUAUACUCACAGACCCUGAACAACAUCUUGGCCCAGAAGCAGCACAUACUCGUCGUCGGCACCAAAACAAGGCCAAAAUGCAUCUGGCUCGCAAGCGAAGGUUGCAUCAAAGCAAGAGCUACCAUCGAACAAGUGAGACGCAUUGACGGUCAGGAAUUUCACGAACUCUACAACCAACACCUCCAACUGGACCCACCCGAUUCCCAAAACUUCUACGCGCUCGCGAUCACAAACGUUCGCCGAACCAAUAUCAACUUCAAUUACUACCAACUGAUGCCCCCCUCCCUGUUCACACGGUACCGCACUGGACCAGACGACCUGUGUCCCAUCAGCAGGAGCUAUCGCAAACGCAAGGAAGCUGAAGAAUACGCACAACGGCAACUCGCCCUGCCAGUCCAAGACGAGCAACACCAACCCACCCUGCCAAUCGAAGACGCACCCAACCCAGAAGCCACUGCGCCCGCAAAAGUCGGACGCGACGAGACGAAGAACCACGACGAAAAGGGCCUCAUUUGGUUCGGACACAAUCAGCUGCUCCAUGGCAGGGCCUACAUCACACACACCGAAAAGCUGUCCGUUACGACCUUCCGGCAGAUGCAGCACCAACACGGACUGAGCACACACGUGCUGCCAUACCAGCGGACGCACGCACUGCACAUGGCAGACAUCAAGCGCAUGCGCAGCCCGCAGCCGUUUUUUCACCCGAGAGGCGCCGUGGGCUGGGUCAGAUACCGCAACAGACACCAAGCCGGAGCGCCGCAAACGCAAAGAAUCCAACUGGAGGUCGCCAGCUCCGCUCCACGCAACCGCAGACGACCACCGAAGCAGGUGUCCGACAACCAAAACGAAGCAACCACGAGUGCCGCCUCCCCGCAGCGCAGCCAAAACGAAUCAGAGCCACAGGACGGACACCGAACCUCUUCCACAUCCGUGUUAGUUGCAAUCGUCCUACCAAUCGUCAUCACGUCACUGCUGGAACACCUAGACGCGUGGGCUCUGCAAGACUUCCUACAGGCAAGCAAAAGCACGCACGACGCAAUGCAGCACCAAAGCCUUCGGAAAAGCGCUCAAGCGCUUAGAUGGACCUUAGAGAUUUUAACGUUCGACAUCCACCUUCCCGGUCUGCCAAGCGUCUACAGCAUCAAACUCAUUCCACAGCACCUGUUAGACCGAAAAUUGCUGCACCAUUCCUGCGGCACCUCCGUCAAAACGCUCACGAAUAGCACAGCCGCAAACCCGACCGGUCACAGCAGCCGACACAUGCAGGAACUCCUGCGGCAGGGUCGAGCCAGUACAUUCGCGGAGCUCGUCAGGAAAACAAACCCAUCCUGGCGACACGAUGCUCAAUUCCAAGCAUUCCUAUAUUUCCUCGACGACGCCCACACCACCAUCUCCUACAUGCCGCAGUUCAGCAAGAGCGAAUACCAUUUCCGCGACAUCAUCAGCCCGGCCCGCUUACAGCUGAGCUUCCGAUACCAGAACCACGCGGGACAGAGCGGAAGGGAGCAGCUCUCCACUCAGCAUCCUCACGGCUUCCACGAUGACACGAGACUGACCCAGUUCCACGACGUCAGAAUUCCCACUCCACCAGCUCCGCAAUUUCACAUACAGACACCCGACUCCUUGCAAACGCAAGUAGAAAGCCUUGUCAAGAUCAUGUUCGAUCCAACUGCCCACAGCAUCAUAGCCGACGAGCAAGUUCGACACUGGCAGCUCUACCUACAAAACAAGACCUAUGCCGACCCCUACUACACCUUCCCCAACCACUUCAUCCACAACUGCAUCUUCCACUUUGACGUAGCCCUGCACCGAGAAGUGAAAUCCUUCAUCGAGCUCUCCAUCCAUCACAUCCAGGAAGACCAGGAGCAACAACCCAAUACCAAGCUAAUCGCAUGGCAGCGCAACCUGCGUUUCCGAUGCAAGAUCCAGCCCUUUGCAUUUUCCACUUGGCAACAACUGAUUUACGACGUUGAGUUCGACGAUCUCGCCAACUCUGUGGGCUUCACAUACCGGCAAAAGCAGCACUA